CGCACCUGUGCAGCUGAGAUCAAGGGCUUACAGAAUACUGGGAAGUCUGGUCUGAAACGAAAGCGCCGAGACCCCCCCAAGGAAGCGAACUGGCGGAGCAAAGGAUUUUCAUGGCGCAGGCCGCAGAGCCGAGAACGAAGACCGAAGGUUGCAUCUCGGCUCUUACAAUCUCUAACUGUCUAGGUCCGGACCAUGAGAGAUGGUGUUGAGAAUUCGGCUGUUCCCUGGUUCACUGUGGAAGCCAUCUCCAAAUUAGCUAUCACAUAUGGAAACUGGAGACCAGAAUUUUAGGAAAAGAGAUUAAGGCAUCUCACUUGGGGGGGUGGGGGGUGUCUUUUUAUUUAUUUUUUCCUUUUUUUUUUAAACAAAAUUACUGCAACUGGAACAGUUUCUGAUCUCAAAAGGCAAGCCUCUCUUCCCGUGUGAUCUUUAUAAUUUACACUCUUUUCCGUGAGUUUACUUAUCUCCCUUUUUUAUAUCUCUCCAUAUUCUCAAAUCACACAUAUAUCCAUUAUAUUAGUAGUGGGAUUAUUUUUAUUUUUAUUUUUGCUUUAGUACUUGCACCCUCACACACACACUCCCGAGAACCAGAAGUCGGCUGGGUGUUUAUAUAAUGAAGAAUUAUGGGGCUGUUUGAUCGAGGUGUUCAAAUGCUUUUAACCACCGUUGGUGCUUUUGCUGCCUUCAGUCUGAUGACCAUAGCUGUGGGGACUGAUUACUGGCUCUACUCCAGAGGGGUUUGCAAGACCAAAAGUGUCAGCGAGAAUGAAACCAGCAAAAAGAACGAAGAAGUUAUGACCCAUUCUGGAUUAUGGAGAACCUGCUGCCUAGAAGGGAACUUCAAAGGUCUGUGCAAGCAAAUCGAUCACUUCCCUGAGGAUGCAGAUUACGAAGCUGACACAGCAGAAUAUUUCCUCCGGGCUGUGAGGGCCUCGAGCAUUUUCCCGAUCCUGAGUGUGAUUCUGCUCUUCAUGGGAGGACUCUGCAUCGCAGCCAGCGAGUUCUACAAGACUCGACACAACAUCAUCCUGAGUGCCGGCAUCUUCUUCGUGUCUGCAGGUCUGAGUAACAUCAUUGGCAUCAUAGUGUACAUAUCUGCCAACGCCGGGGACCCCUCCAAGAGCGACUCCAAAAAGAACAGCUACUCGUACGGCUGGUCCUUCUACUUCGGGGCCCUGUCCUUCAUCAUCGCCGAGAUGGUCGGGGUGCUGGCCGUGCACAUGUUCAUCGACCGGCACAAACAGCUGCGGGCCACGGCCCGCGCCACGGACUACCUCCAGGCCUCGGCCAUCACCCGCAUCCCCAGCUACCGCUACCGCUACCAGCGCCGCAGCCGCUCCAGCUCGCGCUCCACGGAGCCCUCACACUCCAGGGACGCCUCCCCCGUGGGCAUCAAGGGCUUCAACACCCUGCCGUCCACGGAGAUCUCCAUGUACACCCUCAGCAGGGACCCCCUGAAGGCCGCCACCACGCCCACCGCCACCUACAACUCCGACAGGGAUAACAGCUUCCUUCAAGUUCACAACUGUAUCCCGAAGGACAACAAGGACUCUCUGCACUCCAACACAGCCAACCGCCGGACCACCCCCGUAUGAAAACGCCGGGCCUCGCCAGCGCCACGUGGGCGGGCAGGGAGGAGGGUGCGACCACGCGGAGGAGCUGGAGCCGGGGUGGGGGGAGGGCGAGGGAUCCAAUCCAUGGGGAGACCUUCCAAAAGCAAAAACAAACAAACAAACAAAAAAACAAAAAACAAAAAAAGAGAAAAAUGU